AUGGGUUCAAGAGCUAGAAGGAAGCAAAGAUGGAGCACACAAACCCUAACUCCACUCCUAGAAGGUCCGGACCCCGAUAUGCAAGAAGAAGGUAACAAAAAGGAAAGUUCAUGGGAAAUAAUUCGCGAAUGGUUUCGAUUGCAGAAGGGUCUUUCUGCUGGUAACCAUUUUUCAGUAUCAUUAUAUGGGAGCAUGCCAGCCAAAAGACAAGAUUUGAGGCUUCUACUUGGAGUUUUGGGUUGCCCUCUAGCCCCAAUCCCUCUGGUUGACGACCCCAUUCAUCGCAUUCACAUUAAAAACACUCCUAUUGAAAAUUCUGCCGCGCAUUAUAUCAUACAACAAUAUCUGGCAGCAACAGGGUGUUUAAAGCAACAAAAAUGUAUGAAAAACAUGUAUUCAACGGGAAGUGUGAAGAUGAUUCGUUGUGAGACAGAAAUUUCCUCAGGAAAGAACGUGAAGAGCUUAGGGACUAGAAGUGGUGAAAAUGGGUGCUUUGUUCUUUGGCAAAUGUUGCCAGGUAUGUGGUCUCUUGAAUUGGUUGUCGGAGAAAAUAAAGUCAUUGCAGGCAGUGAUGGGAAGACUGUGUGGCGGCAUACUCCUUGGCUUGGUACUCAUGCUGCCAAAGGACCCCAACGCCCUCUACGUCGCAUCAUCCAGGGCCUAGAUCCAAAGAGUACGGCCAACUUAUUUGCUAAAGCACGAGUGCUUAGUGGCCUCUUAGUAUAUCCGGAGGACUCCCAUCUAACAAGGGUACAAACCCCGGAAAAUGAAACUAUCUAUUGGGAGACAACUAUAGGAAGUAGUAUUGGGGACUAUAGAGACGUGGAUGGUGUGUUAAUUGCUCAUCAAGGAAGGUCAAUUGCUACGGCUUUUCGAUUCGAGGAAGUGUCCGUGCAACAUAGUAGGACUAGGAUGGAAGAAGUGUGGAGGAUUGAUGAUGUUGUGUUCAAUGUGCCGUGGCUUUCCAUGGACUAUUUCAUCCCUCCCGCCGAUAUCUUUGAUGCUUCUCCAUGA